CUCAUUGGGUCGCGGCCGUUAUGGCUUUCAAUUGGGAUAAGCUUUCGAAAGCUCAGCGCGACUAUCCCAAGCCUAAGUUUGCGCUCUCUUACAUCGACAAGUUGUUGAAGAAGAAUCCUGGCAACCCAUAUCUGACAACAUGGAGAGCCGAUGUUUCUCUGCAAUUGCAAUCGCAGCCUGAAGCAGUUGCUAAGUCAUUGCAGGAUGUCUGUCAGCACAAGUCAACAUUACAGGACGAACAAUUACUCCAGUACGCCUACAGGCUCAUCGUGGAAGCAACACUCAGAUCAAAUCCUCAGCUCGAUCGCAUCAGUACUGUGGGCAAUGAAGGCGUCAAAGCAUGGCAAAAUGCUGCAGGGCUCAAGACUACCAAGAAAGACCGCAAAGACAUAUGGAAUGCUCUCUUCACGACGGCUAUGCGACACGGAUGUUGGGACGAUGUUCGCACGGCGAUCGUCAAAUACAGAGCAGAGGGAGCAUCUUCCGACAAGCUAACCUACUACACACAAAUCUUUGCACAACAGAUGUCCGCCGAACAGAAGAUUCGGGCAAGCCAAGCAACGGGUGUUGCCGACCGGAUGGCCGAGAUUCAGCUGGGUGUAGCUUUGAAGCAAAUGAAAGACGCCUAUGAAAGACCCGAGAGCGACCCUAUUAGUGUCAAGGACAUCCGGGACCUUCGAUUCAUGGCCAAGAUCUAUGCGCGACAAGGGAAAUGCGCUGAGCUUCUGAAACUAUGGAAAGCACCACCUGCUCAUCUGCAACCUGUCGUGGAAAAGCACGCUCUUGACAUCUCGUUACUCACGGUCGACAUGCUUGCAAGCGCACAGCAACAUGAACUACUCGAGAAUCACAUCCUGGAUUUGAUUGAGAACGCAAUCACAUCACGGAGUAAAGACGACUCUGAGCCUCUACGACAACUAUGCUCAGCGAGAGCGAACAUUUGGACCUACUUGCUUGACGCUUCCACGAAGUUAUACUCUCCUGAAGAAUCAAAGAACAAGAUUGCAUUGGUGAAGGAUCGUGUCUUUGCUCCUGACAUACUGAAGCUGGAUCGACCAUUGUGUCUUGUACGCCUGAUACUACGCAUUUACCUUGGUGAAAGCCUCCUACAAGACUGCAAAGAUUUCUGGAAGCAGUUCUCACGGAUACCCAGCUGCUUCACCGACCUUCGCCGUGCUGUUGAGAAGAUGAGCGAUCAAGGGAGGGCAGACUUCCUCACAUAUAUUGAAGAGGACAUGAUUGCCACCAAACCAAGUACUGAAGAUUCUCAGUCCAAGCUUGAGGAGUGGACACGGGCCGAGAUCUGUGUCCUGAAGUUCACCUAUCUGAUUACCGUCUCUCUGACAGCGUCUCGACCUUCGACUGAAACGUUGGAAUCGUUGGUCGAAAGGGCGUCGAAGGUCAGCCAGAUGUUACCAAAAGAUCCCGAUCCGAUCAUGUUGAUCGCUUAUUGUCUUAACAAUAUGCAUCAUCAAAAUACAGGUUUGAGUGAUGCUUCAGAUUUGAACUCCCGCUUCCUUCUACAAGCUACGAUGCUAGUACGGGUCGCUGUAGAGCGAGACACCGAGAAAGAGAACCGCCCGUUGGCGUUGCUGGCCGCUCGCUUGCAUCUCAGCCUUGGCCUGGGACGGGUCGCCUUCCAACUAUGGAAGCAUGUUAAGGUCAAGGAGAUGCUUGUGGACACUCUGUCCCCAUACCUCCUGUCACGCGUCGCUCUUACACAACCAUUCGAUGUCCAGCACCACCAAGGCUUUUCCGCAGAUAAGGAACUGAAGCAUGUCGUCGAUACUAUCGACAGGAUGAGGAAAGUCCAGGAAGAUUUGAUCUUCAGGGAUAUCAAGCGCUUCCACUGGGAUUCUGCGAUGGACCUGAUCUCCAUGAACGAAAAAUUGACUUCAUCUCUGACGAGACAUGCUUCCAUCCUCGAGCGCCGUCGCAUUGGUCGCCUCAAAGGAGAACCAGCGGGCGAUCUACCAGAUGUGCACCACAGGAGCGCUCAAUCCGUCUCAGAUAACAUCGACCGGUCCGUCUUUCCUGCAUACGAACACUCAGACGUCCACCGACCCUACUCAUUCCUCAUGCCCGCCGACAUCCCAUCUGUGGAUUACGCCCUCACGCACAGCCACAACCGUGAAUCCGUCAGCAAAAUCCUCUUCCGCGAGGGUCUACCCAGCAACUGGACACCCAGCGCCGCUCUCUCAAACACCGCCAACGAAACCGCAGCAGAGCGUCUAAUCAGCGAAAACUUCUGGCACCCGACCUCCACCCUCCUCUACUCAGCGCUCAACCCCGACACCAAAGUCGACACCAAACAUUUCACCGCACUCACCACGCACCUCGCGCAGCUGCGCCAGGACCAAGAGAAACUGAUCGUCUCUACACCGACUGGCGCGGACCCCGUCGACGAGCCGACAAUGAUCCACGAAAACCAGCUCAUCGCGGCCUACUCCGCGCUCGAAGCCCUGCGCGCGCUUUUGCGCCUUGCAAACGAGAUCAAAGAGCGCGUUGUCCAGAGCAAGACACCGCACCCUAUGAAGGCUCAGGUGCCGAAGGACUGGGCGAAAGAGAUUGAUGCUGAGGUAAAGGGUGCGUUUGAAGCGAUUGGUAGGGUUGCGAAUAGCUAUAUCAAUUUGCUGCAGAAGAGGGGAGUGGUAGCUAUCAAGGCGCAGGUACGGUGGGGGAAGACUGGGGAAGCGCUGAGAGAGCUGGUUAGCGAGGAUGAUGUGGAGCAUUAUGCAAGGGAGUAUGCGGAUGCUGCGGUGGAGGCGUGGAAGGGGGUGUUGGCGGUUAAGUUGAAGUAGGUGUGGAUGUGAGAGAUGAAGUAGAAAUCGAGAGGAAGGAGGCACGCAAGAAAAGACAAUGUGAGCAGCAUCAAGAGAACCUAGUGUUCAG